UUAAAAAAAUUCAACAUAUAAAAAAAUUCAACUUUUAAAAAUUCAAAUGCUAUAUUUUCAGUGUCCUACAAAUUCAACUUGCUCAAAUUCGCUGUCUCAAAUUCAGCGUCUAAAAAUUCGCUGUACAAAAACGGCAAGGUUACUUCAGGUCACAGACAUUAGCAAUCGUUGUCAGAUUUCAACAUCCAGCCAAUCACAUGACCCAAGCGUCAUAUUGAAGAAAUAACGAUCACCCUGAGGCCAGCGACCAUGGAGGCGAACGGAAACCCAACGGAACUUUUGCUGGAUAAUAUCUUUUAUAGACUCCGUGAUCGUUUGGAGCAUGUUCUUGAACGAAUGCCCCUGGAUCUGGAUUUCCUAGACUUUAUCUGCACUCAAGAACUUGUUUUUUUAAAUGCCUUAUCUUGUCAGGUAGAUGUACCCCCAAAUAUUUUGGAUGCGCUGGCUCAUUUGCACACACUAAUUAAUAUAGAAAAACUAAGUGAAGAACAACAAACAGCUGUUGUGCAUUUUGAGCAAGGACCAGCUGGGCGACAACGGAUGGUCAUAUCCUCAGACUACCUUUGCAGUCUUUUGGAACUCCAUCUCCCUGUCCCAUGCAUUGCCAAACUCUUGGGUAUAUCCAGACGGACUGUGUAUCGACGGAUGGAAGAGUCUGGUCUUUCAGUGAGGGCAUCAUACACCACCAUGUCAGAUGAGGACUUAGACCAAUGUGUGAGAGACAUUAAAUCCAGGCAGCCUCACUCUGGGUACAGAAUGGUAAAGGCCCUUCUGCAAGCCAGGGGACUGAGGGUGCAGUAUCAUAGAGUCAGAGCAUCCAUGCAUUGCGUAGACACCAUUGGAAUGGCAUCACGUAUGGUCCAGCUACGAUGCAUAGCUCGACGUACGUACUCAGUUCCUGGCCCUCAGUCUUUGAUGCACAUUGAUACCAACCACAAAUUAAUACGGUACAACAUUGUUAUCUUUGGUGGCAUUGAUGGUUUUUCUCGAAAGAUAAUGUAUCUUGGUACAGCUCAAAACAACCUGGCAUCUACUACACUGGCUUUCUUUCAGAAUUCAGUGGAGGAGUUUGGCUUCCCACUCAGGGUACGUGCUGAUCAAGGGGUGGAAAAUGUGGACGUGGCACGACUUAUGUUUAUGAUUCGUGGAACAGGAAGAAGCAGUUUCAUAUCUGGAAAGAGUGUGCACAAUCAAAGGAUUGAGAGACUCUGGAGAGAUCUGUGGACAGCUGUAACGUCCAUCUAUUACGAUGUGCUACACCACCUUGAAGAAGAGGGAUACCUCAACAUUUCAAAUGAAACACACCUCUUCUGCUGCCAUUAUGUCUUCCUGCCACGUCUGCAGGAAGAUCUUCAUACUUUCCGCAGUGGCUGGGACAAUCAUCCACUUCGAACGGAAAGCAACAUGACUCCUAACCAGCUCUGGGUUCUUGGUCGAACACACCAUCCAAUUCCUGAACCACACAGUGCCUUGACAGAGGGUGUACAAAUUCCUGAAAUUGAAUGGGAGGACAGCGGGCUUCCUCUUCAGGAACAGUCAAACGUCACAGUUCCAAAUUUGAAUGUGCAACUGACUGACGAACAAAUGGCAGCCUUAAGAAAUGCAGUCAACCCAAAAGGCACAUCACUGUCUUUUGGUUGUGACAUUUAUAUUGCUGCCGUUCUGUUUUGUGAACAGUUCUUCACUCUGUGAAAGUUUCAAAGUUCAGCAGUUAUCAAAUUAGUAGCUAAAUGCUGAUCAUGUUACUACAAAGGUGAAAUCUGUGCUUUGGAAAAGUGAAUUGUAGUGCUGUUAUGGAUCGACAACUAAAAUUUUCUAAAUUUGUGAGUUUUUCUGUACUCAAAAUGAACCUAGUAGGUACAUUUGUGUAGGACUUUUAAUUUUCUUGUAUUACAAGAAUAGGAAAGUUAAGUUUGUCUUAUGUAAUUUAUUUUCUAAUACAUCAAGCAUAUAUGAACUCAUCGAAGUACAUUUCGUAAAAUAUUGCAUAAAAACAAUUAACGUUUCAUAUUUAAAACUGCCUGUACAAACAGUGCUGACUCAAACUCUGAACAUAUGUAAAUUUGAAAUAAGUAAUUUCUUGAACAUAAGAACUCUAACAUUUCUAAACAAGACCAAAGCCAGUCUCAACCGACUUAAGACAUAACAUCAUGUCGGCAUACAGAGCCUGGUAGGUAGUGUAGUGGCUUGGAAGGCGCAAACGUUCACUGCAGGUAGAUGAAGUGGGCAUGUGGUUUGGUCCAGUCGACUGCACAACUUCAAGCUUCAGCUCCUGGCAUGGAACCUCCCAGCCAACCCAAAAUUUCAUAAGCUGGUGCAGAUUGUCUGAAGAUGCUGAGAAAAGUAUACAUUUUUAUUAGAUACUUUGAAUUUCCAGUAGAAUUGAAUCAUUCAUAAAGCUGACUUUGAGAUAUGAAUUUAUGCGAAUGUGUUUUCUAUCUAAGCAACUAAUCCAUAUGAAUGUGAUAUCCUUCAAAAAUCAUAAUCAUUUGAAUACCUUUUGCCAUGUUCACUGAUCAACCUGAAAAACACCAUGCUUGUGGCAUCUAUAUAAUAAUGAUGUGAUGUUUGUGAAUUACAUUCCUUCUCAAAUACAACUGAAUCGUACUUUUGGUCCAGCGUAAAAAUCAGACCUUUUCAUUUUACUUUAACUCUGUUAAACAUCCACGGAGGCUUUGUGUGACUGGUAUACAAAACUGUUUGGAAACAUGACAAGAGCUUUGCAUUCUUUUUCCAUCAAAUGCAAGUAAUUACUGUACAUGAGUACUGCUAAUGUACAUAAUUUAUCUGUGCAGUGUUGUAAUAAAUAAGAACAUAAAUGUACUGUA